GUGUGUGAGACGCGAAUGGAAGGGAGGGGGGGGGAUCCGAAGCACGGAGCUAAGAGCGUGAUGCUGGGAGGCGGCGGCGGCGACGGCCAUAUUGCCGUAUCUCGAGAGGAAAGAACGAUCCGAGACAGCACCGUGAAGCUGCUGGGUUUGGUGGACCAACCCAAAGUUUUAAAGGUUAAAAUACUACCUGCUGCUUCAGACGGAGUUUUAGUGAAGCCUAGUCUCUUUUAUUAAAAACCUUCGAAUUCCGGCAGGAUCUUUUGUUUAGUUUAUAUAGUUCGGUUCCCAAGUUUCCAAGUUUCCGAGUGAUUGUAUGCGACGGUAACGUGCGCCGUCGUCACCGUUGUCGCGCGCGUGAACGUGCGAGUGUGUGUCAAGCCGGUGCGCGAUUAUGCGAUUGAAAGUAUAAACAAGAUACGGACAAGUCCAACAGGACCCUAACGAACAAAUUCGUAGACGAUCGAACAGUACGCUUGAAAGAAACCGAAACCAGUGCAGAACGACCGAAUGUGACAUUCGAGACUCGGAGAAAUGUCAACGUAAUAAUGUGCGCGUAGUGAAUCGCGGUUGUGAUAUCAGGUGAACAGACGACGUCGCUCAAGGUAGAGCUUCUUACCGAAAUAUUUCGUAGAACCAACAGCUUCACCGGUGAAGAACGAGAGUCAACCAAGCGAAGAACCGCGGGCCCCCGGCGAAGGGUGCCCCCGAGAGAAGAGUGGUCCCAACAUCAACGAAUUCACCAAGACGACGGACGCCUCGGUCUAUGGAGAAGGUGGUGACACUAUCAUCCGUUGAGAUGUGAUCCAGAACAUAGGAGGGACACUCAGUAGUUUGUAGUUGGUCCCCACCUCCCCCCCUCUAUCACCCCACCACCCCACUAGCCCCCUCGUGACUUCUACCACCUACUCUACCUCCCCCUCUCGUCUCCCCUCGUACACAUGCACGUGUGAUAAACCACCUCACCGAUAAAGCAACCAUCACCGGAUCAGCCGGACUUUUGAUUGCGCCGGCUGCUGUACCGCUCAACGACACUUCUCCCUCCCUUCUAUUACGAUCCCAAUGAAUUUUUACCGCCCGCUGUUCUUCAAACAACGUGCCAUACAACCCUCAGCAACCUGUGAUAUAAUACUCGAUGCCUAAAUAUUUACAUAGACGUAGACAUCUAGUCGAAGACUAGAUCAGGCUGAAGGGUUUCACCGUCAAAAGAGAACUGCGAGUCCUAAGACAACGAGAAUUCAGCCGACCACGCGUUUUAAGCGGAUUUAGCAGUACGAAGAGAGAAAAGAGAAACGGAAGACGGCGCCGGAGAAUGUCGACGUGCACCGACGAGGCCGAUAAUGCACCCUGCACUCUGUCUCCGGUGCAGGAGGCACCAGUCUCGCCGGCGUCCUCCUCUCUGAGCAACCAAAAUCAAAACGAGAGCGAGCAGGUCCUGCUGGCGACCAUGCAGCCGGUGAACGUGCUCGAUCUGCACGAACCACCGGCCGUGCACACGCUCCACCACAAGUACCAUCAUCACCAUCGUCACCAUCACCAUCACCAUCAUCAUCACCAUCAGCAACAGCAGCAGCAACAUAUCCAGGACAACGAUUCGGAUGACGUGCAGCAACGUGCCGCGGCCGCGGACGACCCUGACGGCCGCGUGACUCCCGACGCCGAGGCGGCCGCCGCCGCCGCUGCCGCGGGCAACAACGCGCUCGGCGUCGGCGAGCACAAGAUGAUCGACCUGAUCUACAACGACGGGCAGAAAACGGUCAUGUAUACCCACGACAAGGAGAUCAUCUACGAGAACGAGCACGCGGACCGCGUGCAGGUGGUCGAGUACCCGCCGCCACCGCCGUCACCGUCGCCGCCGUCGGCCGGCGUCACGCGGACGACGGGCCUGCUGCCACCGACCUGCGUCACUCCGAGAUCCGCCGCCACGGCUGCCGCCGCGACCGCCCUGCAUCUGCACCACUAUCCGCAGCUGCAGUUGCAGCACGAGGACGACCUGCCGCCGACGGUGCGCCACGCCGUCAACGCGACCGUGCCGAAUUGCGGCGCCGCGACAACCACGACGACGGUGCUCGUGCUGUCGGAGCUCGUCGCGGCCGAUCCGGCUACCGCCGGUGCAGCUGCAGCCGCGCAACAACUGACACUCACCGCCGCCGCUGCCGCAGCGUCCUUUCGCGCUGG